AUGGCGUCCGUCCAAACAGUUAAAGAGCACAGCUCACAGACAGACAGAGGCUGAGGGACGGAACUGAAGGUAACGUUUGCAAACUGGCUGUUUCGGACAGAACGAGGUGUUUUUCGAGCUUCUUUAGUUGGAAAAGAGCAAGUCUGUCAUGUCUUGUUUCUGGAGAGUUGCGCUUUUAAAGCUCGCGGAGCUAGCUAGCUAGUUGAACUAAUUUUAUAGUGGAGCCACGUAGCUCGGAGCCUGUGUGCUGUGCUGUGCUCUUCUUCUAAAAGAAAGGAAAACAAAGUUCACAUUUCGACUCGGUUCUUACUAAUAAUUACCGUUUUGUGAAGAGGAGGAACGAAGACAACUGCAGAAAUUUGAAUGAGGGAGUCAUGGCUGAACACACCCCUCCGCUGGAGCCCGGCCAGUUACUUAGCCCAGAUCUGCCACUCCUCACAUCACCACCUCCUCCACCCAACAUGGUCAACGGAGACGGAGCCCAACAAGUAAUUCUGGUGCAAGUAAACCCAGGUGAGGCCUUUACAAUCCAGCGAGAGGAUGGUCAGUUUCAGUGUAUCACAGGUCCUGCUCAGGUUCCCAUGAUGUCCCCAAAUGGUUCAGUGCCUCCAAUCUAUGUGCCUCCUGGAUACGUUCAACAAAUUAUAGAGGAGAACGGAGUGAGGCGGGUGUUGGUGUUGCCUCAGGCGGAGUUCCACCCGGGGGGCCACUCUCCGUUGCACCACCCUCCCCCUCCACCACCCCAUGCCCACCUGCAGGCCUUUAUCCCCCAUCCGCAUGCCAUCAUGCCUCCUCCGCCUCCUCACCUGUUCUCAGGCAUGGCCGGCGGAACUGGAGACAUGAAUGCCCAGUACAUCUCCCAGUACCACCCAGCCCACAUCUACUCAGAGCAGGACACUCAUCCAGCACACGUACGCACGGUGUUUCACAGAGACGAAAGGGCUAACAAAGCGCAUGAACGGCUGCAGAAAAGACUGAAGGAGCGUCAGGGUGGCCAGUCAGGAGGAGGGGGAAGUCAGGCUCCUACCAAAGACAGUCCCCCUCUCUCUCCACAGAAGAACAGUGGAAUUUUACCAGCAGCAGGAGGAGACCUUCAGAACGGCCUCUUUAAAGGGGUGGAUGAGCAAAGCCGGGCUGCUACGCUUACAAACCUGGGAAAGGAGUGUCCUGGGAGAGGAAGAGACAUGGAGGCCCCAGAAUCGAAUGAAAAGACGCAGGCUCUUCUGGAGUGGUUAAACAAUAUCAGCAAGCCAGUGGUGACGCAGAUCCAGGCGAGGGAAGCUUCUCUGUGCUGGUCAGCUCCUGUAAAAAAAACUGGGAACGAAGAGCAUAAAAAGAGUGAAGAGAAAUCCGAAGAGCCCGUUUUCAGCUACGAGGUGUUUGUCUCUUUCAACGGCAAAGAUGGCAAAUAUAACACUGCCUACAGUGGUGAGGAGCUAAGUGCAACUCUAGAAAACCUAAGACCAGCAACUGACUACCAUGUCAGGGUUCAGGCCAUGUAUAACUGUUUACAAGGAAACCCCUCUGAGCCUGCAAGUUUUACAACUCUGUGCUGUGAGCCCGACACACCCGCCCAGCCUCGCAAAGUCAGCGGCACAAAAAACAGCCUCAGCCUGCAGUGGAAGGCUCCAUGUGACAACGGUUCCAAAAUCCAAAACUACAUUCUUCAGUGGGACGAGGGUAAGGGCACCGGAGUGUUUGAGCAGUGCUAUUACGGUCCUCAGAAGCAGUACAGAGUGCCCAAGCUCUCGCCAGCAUCCAAAUACUCAUUCCGCCUAGCAGCCAAAAACGACAUGGGUGUCAGUGAGUUCAGUGAACCCGUGGACAUGCUGACGUCAUGCAGUGUUCCUGCACCCCCUCCCAGCCCCGAGUUGGUCCAGACUGGCGUCACCUGGCUCUGCCUGCAGUGGAAAAGGCCUGUCGGCUCACCCAAAGAAGACGAAAUUGGUUAUGUGCUGGAGAUGGAGGAAGAGGGCUCGGGUUAUGGGUUCCAGCCCAGCUAUGAUGGUAACGAGCUCACACACACAGUGAGGAAUCUUCAAAGAAGCACCAAGUACAAGUUUAGGGUUGCUGCAUAUAAUACAGAAGGCAAAAGUAACCCGGGUCCUGCAUCAGAGUUUACCACGACCCCAGACAGACCCAACUGCCCCUGCAAACUCUCUGUUAAGGGCAAACCACAUCCCACCAGCUUCCGAAUGUCCUGGGAUGCUCCCAAAGAUACUGGUGGUUCAGAAGUAACUGAAUAUGUGGUGGAACUAUCUGAAGGACUAAGUGGUUCAUCCUGGGAGCAAGUAUACAGGGGCUCAGCUCUGGAGUGUGUGUGUGAUAGCCUGAAGCCUGGUGGGUCAUACCAAGCUAGAGCGUGGUGCUUGAGCAAAGGAGGUCAAAGCCCGCUUUCAGAGCCCCUACAGGUUCAGACUCCAGCUGUCCCUCCAGGCCCCUGUCAGCCACCCCGAGUAGUAGGCAAGCCCAAAGCCAGAGAGGUGCAGCUUCGCUGGGGCCCACCUCAGGUAGAUGGUGGGAGCACCGUGUGUUCAUACAGUCUGGAGAUGUUUGCCCCCCAGGCUGAAGAGGCCAAAGAGAUGUAUCAAGGCUCUGAGCUUGAAUUCACUGUGCACAGUUUACUGCCUGGAAGAAAUUACGGCUUCCGUCUGAGAGCUGCCAACAAAGCUGGGUAUGGGCCAUACUCUGAUCGGGCAGAGGUGACUACGGGACCAGGAGCACCUGAGGCUUGUCGACCUCCUCAUAUCGUCUGCAAAUCACCUUCAUGUGCUGUGGUUAGCUGGGAAGCUCCGUCUUGUAAUGGAGCAGCGGUGACUGAAUUCCGGCUGGAGUGGGGAGCUGCUGAAGGAAGCAUGCAGGUCAUCUACAGUGGUGCUGCAAUGAGCCAUGAGCUGAAGGGCCUGCUACCUGCUACCAGCUACUUUUGCAGAGUGCAGGCAGUGAACGUGGCGGGCGUGGGACCCUUUAGCGAUGUUGUACUGUGCCAGACGCCCUGCUCCGUGCCUGCUGCCGUGAGUGUUGUUCAUGCUCUCUGCGAGAGCGAGAUGAAGGUUAACGAGACAGGUUCUGACAGAGAAGAGGAAUCGGAUGAGGAAGACGACGGAGUUAGGCCCGACCCCCCUCUCUACUCCCCUUCCACUUGCCUGGGGCUGCGCUGGGAGGCACCAUGUGAUCACGGAGCAGAGAUUACAUCUUACCUGAUUGAUACAGGAGAGAGGCAACCCAUCUCCACUGGCCCUGUAACCAAAUAUAUUAUACAGAACCUGCAGCCUGACACCACCUACAGGAUAAGGAUCCAGGCUCUAAAUACUCUUGGUGCUGGUCCCUUUAGCCACACUUUUAAACUAAAGACCAAGCCAUUGCCCCCUCUGCCUCCACGACUGGAGUGCACUGCAUUCAGUCACCAGACGCUCAGGCUGAAGUGGGGUGAAGGCCAAAGCAAAAACUUGCCCACUGACUCGCUGCAGUACCAGCUCCAAAUGGAGGACAAAAAUGGCAGGUUUAUAUUCUUGUAUAAAGGACCUUGCCACACUCACAAAGUGCAGAGGCUAAAUGAGUCUACCUCGUAUUCGUUUCGCAUCCAAGCCUUUAAUGAGGCGGGCGAAGGGCCCUUUUCCUCAGUUUACACCUUCACCACCCCCCGCUCACCCCCAGCUCCACUCAAAGCACCACGUGUGGAACGACUGGAUGAGUCCUGUGAGAUUAGUUGGGAAUCCCUACAACCUAUGAAGGGAGAUCCAAUCAUUUACUGCCUGCAGUGCAUGCAGGGAAAUUCCGAGUUUAAGCAGAUCUACAAGGGCUCAGAAACCGUAUUCCGCCUCGCCUCCCUGAGCUCUUCCUCCGAGUACCGCUUCCGCGUGUGUGCAAUUCGGCAGUGCCAGGACGCCCCAGAGAUCAUGGGGCCGUACAGUUCCAGCAUCACUCUGCUGCCCCCUCGCACCGAGUCUCCCAGCUCAUCCAGCAGCGCCGGGCCUAAAGUGUCCGAAACUCAACAGCAGAGACGCAGCCUGACAGACGAGCAGUUCUCCCUCCUCAUCAUCGCCCUGCUCGCCCUCACAUCCAUCCUGAUCGCUGUCGCCAUCCAGUACUUCGUCAUUGAGUGAUCUCUGCCUCUGUCCUUUUCAUUUUGUUUAUUUCUGUCUUUAUUUUAUCAUUAUAUUCUUUCUCGGCACCAGCAUGGGUUAAAGGAGGCUUGUGAAGGGAAAACGAUGAGAAAAGGAAGCUGAGGCUGUUUAUCAAUUUGGCCGAUUCUUCUUACUGAUGCUCUUCUUUUUUCUCUUCUCUGUGCCCCAGGAAUACCGUUCUCUCUAACCGUGCUGCAGAGAUACGAGAGAUAUCUCGUAUCUCUGCAGCACGGUUAGAGAGAACGGUAUUCCUCGGGCAUUUGCUCGGAGCGGAUUAUUGAAGGAUUAGGAAUGAAGCUUGCUGCUCCUUGUUUUUUUUUUCUUUUUAUUCUUCAUGUAUGUGUAGCUGAAGUUUUGUAUUAUUUAUAUUUUUAGAUGUAUCCUUCAUUUGUCCAGUAUGCGACUUCUGUGAUCAGUGUUCCAAAGCCAGCAUGUUGGUACUGUUCACUGGUGUGCUGAUUUGGGCCUAGAACUCAGAGGGCCAGUGUAUUUAGAGGGGCGUCACUCUCCCGUCGUCACAUGGGGGAGAUGGCGAAGGGAUGUAUGUGAAAGCCGAAAGGGACCGAGCUCUCAUUGGGAAAUUAGCUUAUACCAUCGCAGAGAGAAGGAAGAUAGAUUCACUUGUUCACAUUGUAGAACCUUUAUUUAGCACUUUCCUUAAACACUUGUUUCAUGUGCAGAAUGUGUAGGGAUGCAAAAAAAAUGACAAGAGAAAUGGUAGUAUAUUUUUGUAGUGUGAUGCAAGGACCUGCUCAUUUGAACUGGGGGUUUGGUAUAGGGUUAGAACAAUGACUAUGGGGGAAAAAAAAGAAACCCAACACAGAGUUAUUUUUACUAUCAUGUAAGUAUACUGUAGCUUGAUUUUACAUGCAGCUGCUUUGCUCCAAAAUAUUGUCCAGCACAAAAAAAAAAGUAUGCUUAUUGGAAACUUUCCUUAAGUCGUUAUUUUUGCACCUUAGUGAGAAGAUUUAAAAAACAGUACUGACUUUGUCUUGAUCUUGUGAUGCGUUUUAUGGAACAUGUUCUGAUUGUGCGAGCCCUUUUGUGUUUUGGGUGUUUAAUUGUAGUACCACAAAACUAGUUAUUGAAAACGUUUUAUUUCAAGAAUAAUGAUUUCAGAUUUGUGAUAUGAAUCAACAAUUUGUUCUGCAUAGUAUUUUCUUAAUUUCUCUAUUUUUUUCCCUUUAGGUUUAGGAAAAAAAACUAUUUAGUGUUUACUUUUAGCAAUAUUAAUUUCUAAUAUUUGCUUAAUUCUAUGAAAACAGAAUAUAGAAAUUUAUUAAUUCAUGUAAUCGCUCAUGUUAUGUUCUCAUUUAAAUCACAUAUUUGAUUUUUCCUUUCUUUUUUUUUUAUAUUUCAAUUAAACGUUAAUCAUCUCCAGAGAAACUAAGAAAAAAAGCAGUUAUACAACGUUGAGUCUACAUGUACUUCCCGUGAACCAGAAUCGUUUGCCUUUUCUCUGUGUAAAGUUGUUGUGUAAUGCUGAAUGGUCUCAGUGUGACAAUCUGGCUGUGAGGUCCAGUGUCGUGCAUGGUUAUGGCAAUGAUGCCUUCUUGACCGUUCGAGAACUACAGGUACCUUGCAAGUCUUCGGUGAAUUACAUGAUUUGGUCUAGCUGGAUUGCAAAUGUCUUCUCUGUCAUCAAAGGGAAAAACAUACAAAAUUCCUAUUUUUGAUAGUGAAAAACUGUAAUUGCAAAAUGUGCCAUUUUAACGUCUCCCACACCAAAGUAGGACUCUACCAUUGGUACAUGGGACAAAACAAACAAAAAAAAACUAUAAGAAUGAAAUAUGCACAAAAAUGAGACCAUUUUUAUGUAAUUUUAAUGGUUGCAGUUACCUCAUACACCCGUACAUUCCAAAAUGAAAAAUUUGUUAUACUUUACAUAAUAUCAGACAUAUCACAAAAUGUAUAAUCAUAAAUAUGUAUUUAAAGUGUAUCUGUAAAGUCAUGAUAUCUACAGAAAGAUCCAUGCACAAUAAAAAGUUUAUAAUUCUUAA